CGCAGCAGCAAAAACAUUUCAUACUGGAAAACUGUCUGGAGACGCAGUGAGACACCAUGACGACGCUACUGGACUUAAAGAGUAGUGUGCUGAGGCAGGUUCAGAGGAGCCAGUCCCUGAGAAGCCGAAGGGAGCCCCCUCCCAGUGCCAGCAGCCCCCUCACACACUGUCCUGAGCCAUUACCUCGCAGAGUUUCAGAAGAAAGCGUGGAGUUCUUUGAGCGUAUGAACGCCAUCCUGCAGAAACAGGAGAACAUGAUGCGUGCGGCCCAGGCUGAGUGUCAAAGAGGGGCCUGCACGGUGCCGCCGCCACAGGAGCAUGUGGACCAGGCCUUUAUUGCUGAGAAAAUCAGCAGAGCAGAGCUGGAUCUGCUUUAUGAGGAAGCUGUGUACACGGUGGUCAACAGGGUCGGCGUGCCUCCUCCAGAACACGUGAAAAGUGAUGAUGAGCUGUUUGCGUACCUGCUGAAGGUGUUUGACAUGGGUGAGGAGGAGCAUGACAUUGUCCUUCAAAAAGUUCAAGAAUCAAAGAGGGCCAACUUUUCUUUGAGAGUCUCAGUCAUGAAAGCAAAGAAUCUGAUGGCCAAGGAUGCAAACGGGUACAGCGACCCCUACUGCAUGCUGGGAAUCCUGGUGGGGCAGAGCCCUCGGGACACAGAGGAGAAGAAAGAGAGAAAAUUUAGCUUCAGGAAGAGGAGGGAGAAGCUGGAGAAACGCUCCAGCACCAAAGAGGUGUUACCUGCCAGGUGUAUCCAGGUGACGGAAGUCAAACCGGAGACUCUGAACCCAGUGUGGGACGAGCACUUUGUGUUUGAAAUAGAUGAUGUCCAUAACGACCUGUUACACUUGGACAUAUGGGAUCAUGACGAUGAUGUUUCUGUUGCCGAGGCCUGCAAAAAGCUUAAUGAAGUCAGUGGUCUUCGAGGAAUGGGCAGGUAUUUUAAGCAGAUAGCAAAGUCAGUGCGUGCCAAUGGGUCGUCAUCGUCGAGCUCGGAGGAGAACGCAGACGACUUCCUCGGAUGCAUCAACAUUCCUUUGAAUGAGAUCCCAGUUGCUGGCUACGACACCUGGUUUAAACUGGAGCCUCGAUCGAGUGCGUCUAAAGUUCAGGGAGAAUGUCACCUGAUUCUGAAAUGCUUCACCAGCCAGAGGGACACAACUUUAUCUAAGAGGGACACAAAUGUCUCCAUUCACAAGAAACUGUUAAGUCAGAUUGUGGAGUAUGAGCAUGCUCAAGUUAAGAGAGAGCCGUACAACUGGAACGGGCAGGUCUCUCCUCCUGCGUGGACGCUGCUAACUCACCAUGCUGUGCAAACGGACCUGUCACCUCUGCAGCAGGCGAUUGUACGCUGGCAGUGCUACGGCGGCCACCAUCGAAACCAGAGGGUGUGCUACUCCCUGCUGCUGCGCCUCCUGAGGACCAUCGAUGCAGAGUGGGAUCCUCCCGCUGUGAGGGGAGACCUGGAGAGGCAGCUGUCAGACAGCUUCAGACUGUACACAGAGCACUGCCUGUGCCUGAUGAAGAACAUGCGUCAGGUUUUCCCCUGCACCAGCGCCGCUGCCAUUACACGCUACGAGCUCAUGCUGAGGGGGAUUGGCUACAUGCAAAACAUGAGAGCAUUUAAGACCGUUUGUCCUCUUCGGAACGAGCUGCAUUUGGACAUCACGACCGCUGUCAAGAAAGGAGCAGCUGAGUGGUACGAAAGCCUGAUAGCUCAAUAUAAACCAGAGGAAGGGACUCUGGAGGAGCAGCUGAAAAAAAUGGUUUGCGUUAUCGAUGCUGUGUGUGCAGAUGUACAAAGAGCUCAGAACAUCUACAACAAGCUCUUCUACAGUGCUGUGAAAGUAGAUUUCUUCAGCGUAUCAUACAGGCAGUUGGAAAAACAGGUAGCUGAUGAUGUAAAUGUGGCAAUGGAGCGGGUUUGUGGGACUCUGGAGCAGGAGAGCUCCCGACUGACUCAGACGAUGGGGGAGACCAUCUUUGAGCUCUUCAUGUCCCUAAAAAUUCUCAAAGGCUUUCGGGAGUUUCUACCUCUCAAAGAUGCAAAAAUGUUGGCCAUGACGGGCUUCCAUAAUUGGUUCAAGUCCUCUAUUCAUAAGUGGCUGCAAAUUGUUCAUGAAAAAUCCUGCGAUAGGAUCCGUAAAGCAGUGGAAACAGACCAGCUCCAGCCGGUUCAACAAGCCAAACACAGUUCGUCAGCCGUGGAAGUGACAGCUUGCUUCAGCCAGGUACGCGAGAUUUGGCACCAGCUGGCCUGGCCAGACUCUGCGGGGGCCUUCAUCUUUGUCACUCGUUUGACAGACAAUUUCUGCAGUGAAGGCGUUUGCUACUCUGAGAUGAUGACACGCAGGAUUGAGCGGAACCAGCUGGGCCGAGACCACAAGGCCUUCACAGUGCAGCUGUGCAUUGCCCUGAACAACGUAGAGCAUGUGCGUGUCUGCCUGGCUCACCUGCCUCGUGACCUGGACUGGUCAGGAGUGGAGCGGGCCAUGGAGGAGUCCUGCGGAGUGGAGGGAAAAGAGCAGGUUUACAAGGCUCUGAACGGGCAGCUGUUUAACGUGGACCUGGACCUGCAAAGAGAAGCCAAGCGCCUCAUCGCGCUGCUCGCUGACAAGAUGUUGCCUGAGCUGCGGAGGUACAUCCAGCACAUCAGCCUGUCUCCGGACUCGAUCAACAACGAUGAGGCUGUCUCUCCUCUCAUGAAGUACCUUCAGGACACUAUGCUCAUCCUGACUGAAAACCUUGUUAAAGAAAAUCUGAGCAGAGCUUUACAAAGCAUGUGGGAGCUGCUCCUGCGGAUGAUCCUGGACGCGGUCACAGAAAACAGGGGCGUCCAGGUGGAGUUCUACAACCGUUUCCAGUACACAGUGGAGACCUUGUUGCAGUUCUUUCACGUUAAGGGAGAGGGUCUGUCCUUGGAAGACAUGAAGAGCGGAGACUAUAAGGUCUUGGAUGAAGAGCUCAAGCUGAAUAAAUGUUCCUCCUUUGAUCUGAUUGAACAGUACUAUCUGGAGAAAAUUUCUCACCAGAAAACACUCAAACACACGCCUUAUGGUCGGAUCAGUGUGAAAUGUUACUACGACGCCCCGGAGCAGAGGCUGACGGUGGAGAUUCUGCACGCGGCAGAUAUUAUCGCGCUGGAUGCCAAUGGUUUGAGUGAUCCUUUCGUCAUCGUGGAGCUCUGCCCUCACCACCUCUUUCCAUCAGCCAAGAGUCAGCGCACGCAGGUGAAACUGAAGACGCUGCACCCGGUGUUUGACGAACUCUUUCACUUUCACGUCAGUCCUGAACAGUACAGACACAGGUACGCCUGCUUGACCUUCAUUGUGAUGGACUAUGACUGGCUCUCUACCAACGACUUCGCCGGAGAAGCCGUCGCUCCUCUUAGUGACUUCUGUUGGCCGGGGAGACCGAACGUCUCGGCAACUGGAAAAAAUGUCCAGCCUGCCAUUCUGCACCUGUCUCGCAGCAAACCCAGCGAGAAGCCCAUCAUGAGGAUGCUGGACGCUCGCACCGGAGACAGGGAGGCUCAGGAGUUUGUCCGCAGGCUGAAGGAGAUCGAGAAGUCGAUGGAGGAGGAGUAAAAGCUGUCAGUAUUUGCUGUGUUCAUGUUUCCUGACCACGUCUUGCGACAUGUGCUUUUGUACACGUACGAUGCUUAUAUUUAUUAUUUUUCCCAAUGUAUUUUUUGUUGGGUUAUGAUACCAAA